AUGUCUGCGCAUCAAGUUUGCAGAUCCAGCUUGGGUCGAAUGGCAGUGAGCGCGCGGAGAAACACCACGCCUACGACAACAUACUUCACGACAUCAUUCCAACAUCGAGACCAAAGCUCGACAUCCUCCAGCGCACAGAGUGAGAUCAAGUCAAAAACCGCCUCCUCAGAUGAAGCAGAACCCUCAGAAGGAGCUAUGGCCCGUCGACUUUCACAAAUGACCGAGGAUGCGAUUCUAGAAGGCGGACGAGCUGCGCAGCGCAAUAUUGAGAAUGCUGGCUUCUCAGAGGAUCUCAAGCGACGACUGGAAGAGCGCGUGAAAGCAGCAUCAUUCAAGAGUGAGCAUGCCGCAGCGCAUUCGAUUCUAGAUAUGCCGUCCAGCGCCGGUCAGGGUACUCGAGAGACAGCUGCGGCUCCCGUCUGGACCGGAAACGAGACCUUUCAAGAUACCGCUUUGCGCAUGCUUGACGACGCCAGCAAGCCGAUUCGUACCCCGUUCAAGAUCCCUCGGCCUGUGAACCUGCAACCCGCCGCCAAACCUAAACGAUCGACCGGAGCCCGCCUGGCAGCUGCCAAGGAUCGCACGUCAAAGUAUACUCUGAGCCAAGCACCCGAUCUCUCCGAUGACCAGCGAGCUGCGAUCCGCAGCGAGAUGCAGGAGAAAUUAAUGCCGGGUGCUCAGGCGAUGCCCAUUUCCCUUCAAGGGCUGGCGUCACUGGCCAAUGAGCGGAUCGAGGAUGCCAUCGUGCGAGGGCAGUUCGAUAAAAUUAAACGAGGGAAAGGCGUCAACACAGAGACCGAUCAUAAUGCCAAUAGCGCGUUCAUCGAUACGACCGAAUACUUUAUGAAUAAGAUCAUUCAGAAGCAGGACAUUGUCCCGCCCUGGAUUGAGAAACAGCAGGAACUGGCGUCGGAGAUCAGUCGGUUCAGACAGCGUAUUCGCACCGAAUGGAGGAGGCAUGCUGCUCGGUUGAUUGCCAGUCAGGGCGGGUCCUUGGCAGCGCAAAUGAACCGAGCCCGGGGAUACGCUGCCGCCGAAGCACGUUUGGCCGAGCAAGCGAGGAUAGAGGCUGCUUUGAGGGACACCACAAGCGAUGAAGUGGUUUCAGAAAUCGCGUCUGAUGGACGGAUCAUCCCGAGCCAGGUCGCGGCAGACCAUCCACCAGGUGAUGUGACCGAGUCGCAGGACGAGAUUCCUCAUCUGCCGCCCCUGCGAGAUGAAAGUUAUAUUGCCAUAGAACGAUCAUACCUCGAGCUGGCGGUGAAGCAGAUCAAUACCAUCGCCCGCUCAUAUAAUCUGCAAGCACCCCGCUCGGCUCAGAAACCCUACAUCAACCUCGAUCGCGAGCUCAAGGCCUGCUUCGCCGAAGUCGCUCCGCAGCUCGCCGAAGAAAUCAGGAGACGCGCAUCAGAGCGAGCACGCCCGUCAUUCAUCGCUCCCGCACCCAAAUCCAGUGUUCUGGGCUCCUUUGGAACGGCACAAACGGUGCAGGUUUACGAGGAAGAUAAGACUAAUGGGUACGGAAUGAAAGAGCUAUGGAGAGACUUGUUCUCCAAGAAGUCAUAA